UUCGUCUUGGUUCCAAGUGUCUUUGUUGGCUUGCUCAUAGGUCACUGGCUCCACAAAUGCCUGCUCAUGGUCUUGUUCCAGAACAAGAUCAUCUAUAUGCCAUCUUUACCUCCAGGCUCAAGGCGCGAGAAACUAGAAGACUACUCCAAGACAUGGGCUGGCGUCUCCUGGGAAGAGAGGCAGAUCCGGUCUCUAGAUGGCACAAAACUCGCUGUUGCCAUCGCACGUCCGGAAGAGUCAUCUGCUGCAGCACAAUUCAAGCGCAAACAAAUCGUUGUUCUUUACUUCCAAGGUAACGGCGCGUCCAUCCCGCCUCGAACGCCCAUGCUUUCGAACAUGAUCAGAGCUGCAGCCAAAGACUCCCCACAUGAUUGGACCUUGCUUGCCUUGUCUUAUCGUGGAUAUUGGACCUCCUCUGGACGUGCUCAUCAGCGAGGCAUUGAGAAGGAUGCACAAGCUUUCGUAGCCUGGGCGGUGCAGACAUACAGUCAGGAUCUUGAGAACUUCGAAUUGAUUCUUUGGGGCCAAAGUAUUGGAGCUGGAGUUGCUGCUUAUGCUGCAUCGAAGCACCUGGAGUCAGCGGAAGAUCCCAAUGUCGUUGACAAACCUGCCAUCUCCCGCCUCAUCCUGGAGACUCCUUUUGUCAGCAUCAAAAGCAUGCUUGCAGCCAUCUAUCCAGACUGGUGGGUGCCUUACAAGCAUCUCUGGCCAUUCCUUCGAAGCUGGUGGGACAGUGAAGAUGCCCUUCGAAAGGUCGCUCAAUCACAGCAGCCACCAAAAGUCUUGAUGGUAGUCGCUUCCGGAGAUGAGAUUGUUCCCCGAGUCCAGGCCGAUCAGCUGGAGACGCUUUGCAAAGACUUACAUCUGGACGUCACCCGAAAAGAUGUGCUUGGUGCCUUACAUACGCAAGCAAGCACUCUUGAGCAGGGGAAGAGAGUCAUUGCAACCUGGAUG